AUGUCCAAUCCUCAUUUUUAUUUAAACAAUCAAAGAUUUUUCUUUCUUUUUUUUUUUUCUUUCUUUUUUCUUUCUUUUUUUUUUUUCAAAAUUCAGAACUGUUCUUCCUUUCUCUUAAACUUUUUUCCUUCCUUCCUUCCUUCCUUCCUUCCUUCCUUCCUUCCUUUCAUAUAUCUUAACUUUUCUUUCUAUUUUUUGUUUCUUAUUUUUACAUCUACUCUUUCUUUUUUUCUUUCUUUAGUUCUUUCUUCUUUUUUCUUUCCUUUCUUUCUUUCUUUCUUUCUUUCUUUCUUUCUUUCGAUUUCUUCUUUUAAUUCUUUGUUUUUUGUUAGCGUCUUCUUACUUUUUAAAUCAAUUCUUUCUUUCUUUCUUUCUUUCUCACUUUCUUUCUUUCUUUCUUUCUUUCAGAUUGAACUUUUCUUUUUGUCGAUUUCUUCGUUUAAUUCUCCAUCUUUUAUUCUUCUUUUUUUUUUUUUUUUUUUUCUUUUUUUCUUUCUUUUUUUUUUCUUUCAUUUUCUUUUUUUUAUUUUCUUUCUAAUUUUAGUUUUUUUCUUUUUUUUUUUCUUUCUUUUUUUUUUUUUUUUUAAUUUUUCUUUCUUUUACGUCGUUCAUCUUUUUACUUUAAACUUUCUUUCUUUCUUUUGUUUAUUUCUUUGUGCUUUUAACUGGUUUCUAUAUCUUUUCUUACAUCAUGAAUUUUUCUUUUUUUUUUUUUUUCUUUCUUUUCUUUCUUUCUUUUUUUUUCUGUUUGCAUAUCAUUGA